GAUUGGGCCUGCCAGAUUGGCGCCAGAUUGGCUUCGACUACCCAGGCAGAGAGCUCCGCCGCCGCCCCUCCCCGCCCCCCUCCGGCCUCCCGAUGGGCCACAGCGCGUCCUCCGCCGCGCCGCGGCCGUGGGACGUCUCCGAGGGCGCGUGGCCCGAGGGCCGGGCGCAGGCGCGGCAGGGCUCGCGGAGCCACUCGUCCGGCUCUGGGCGCAGCCUGCACGGCGACUACGAGGUGCACAGCAAGGUCCUCGGCCGGGGCAGCAACAAGAACGCGGUCCUGCUCGCCACCAGCCGGGCGGGUGGCAGGGCGUGCGCGGUGAAGACCCUGCACGCCGGCAGCUCACACGAGGCCCGGCGCCGCGCGGAGUCCGAGGUGCGGAUCAUGCUGUCGCUGGAUCACCCGCACGUGGUGCGGUUGUGGGACGUGUAUUUCGAGCAGGACGGCAAGGUCCACCUGGUCAUGGAGUACCUGUCCGGCGGCGAGCUGUUUUUCCGGGUGGCCCGGCAGGGCGCGCUGCCCGAGCGGGAGGCCGCGGCGGCCACGGCGCAGGUGCUCCGCGCGGCGGGCUACCUGCACGCCAGCGGCGUCGCGCACAGGGACUUAAAGCCGGAGAAUUUCCUGUAUGAAAGCAAGGACCCUGAGGCCGCGCUGCGGCUGAUCGACUUCGGCUUCGCGAAGCUGCUGGAGCCGAACAAGCUGAUGCACCGGUGCUGUGGCUCGCUGAUGUACGUCAGCCCGGAGGUCCUCUCCCACGAGGGCUACACCCACAAGUGCGACAUGUGGAGCGUGGGCGUCAUCACGUACCUGCUCCUGAUGGGGCACCCCCCGUUCCGCGGGAACGACCGGGAUCUCAGGCGAAUGAUCAAGGCGGGGAGCGUGGACCUGAUGCAGCGUGCCGUUGGGAAGUGGAAUUCCCUGUCCCAGGAAGCGACCGACUUUGUCAAGAGCCUGCUUGUCAAGGACCCCGCGAGGCGACCGAGCGCGCAGGAGAUGAUCCUCCACCCGUGGCUCAUCAGGAGCGGGGCGACACGGUGCGCCGUGCUGCCCCUCUCGGGGCGCAUGGUGCGUUCGCUGCAGGUGUACGUGAACGCGCCGCCGAUGGAGCGCGCAGUUUUACAGGUGGUGGCGCAGGAGCUCCCCGGGGGCACCGCGCCGCAGAUGCGCGAUGUCUUCCUGUCGCUCGACCUCGCGAACCAGGGCACGCUGAACGUCCGCGACGUACAGGAGGCGCUGCUGAAGGCGUGCCGGCAGGACGGAGCGGCGCUGGCGCAGGAGGACGCAGACAGGCUGAUGCGCGCCUUGGCGGACGUCCGCGCGGCUUACGCCAGCCACUCCAGCCACUCUGAUCGACGAAUUGCCCACUUCCCAGGGCUGGGAUGAGCAGAAGGAGAAGGAGAAGG